UGAAGCAGUUCAGGCUUUCUUCGUUGAUUGCCAUUGCCUGGUCCAAGAAAAUUUUAAACAGAUUGAAAAUCGGCGUCCGUCACGCGCAGAGUUGAUCACCCCGAGUAAACAGCAAAGUAGCAAAAUCCCGCCCGCAGGCAAUCGUGAGCUCAAAGAGGCCCAGGUUGAGGUCGUUCAGCCCGGCUCAACGAUCAACGUCAACAGGACGUAUCAACAAGCCCCCCAACAAGGAGGGUGGGUGCAGUGGUGCAGUGGUUGCCGGAGAGCCAGCGAGCUUGGGGUGGCCUCGUCCACAGGCGCCUUGGCACCGAGCGCACCGGGCCCCGGGGCUGCGGUGGUGGGUUGCCUGGUUGGGGUGUACCCGUGUUCUCCCUCCUCCACGGGGCCCAGGGGCCCCCUAAGUCAUCAUCUCCAGGCUAUUCCAAAUCAACAACAGCCAAUUGGCUGCCGUGCCUGUUGCUGCGUGCAUAGCAAUCACCAGCCAGCUUCAGUCCAACUUACCAGUCAGCGGGGCGGUCUAUCGCUGAGGGUAGCGAGGGUGGCGUCCACCACCUCCGUCCGAGCCGCCCCCUACGCCCAACCCCAGCACCAGGGGCUGGGGCAGGAGUGCAGGUGUAGGGAGGAGACGGGGGCAUUGGGUGGAGGUGGUGCGCACAUCCUCGGCAGCCCGAUGCUGUUCGUCCCGUUCACGGUACCCACCUUCCCUGCGACGCAUCAUCAGACGACUCAUCCUGCGCAUCAGUCACAUCAUCAACAACUGCAGGCCAACACCCAGAAUCCGGUGCAGCAGCCGCAGCAGCUCACGCAGCUGAAUCAGCUGAGUCAUCUGAAUCAUCAGGGCAUCGUGCCGGCGACGACCAAUCAGCCGACUGUACACAGCACCAGCUGUUCGCCGCAGCAGCAAGCAACGACACCGAAUAAGGAGAUGAAAGUUAACUGGGCGACGUCACCGGGUAACCAACCAAAGCAGGACACGAGCAAACACUAUCACAUAUUUGUUGGAGAUCUCAGCCCGGAGAUCGAGACACAUACCUUGAGGGAAGCAUUUUCAGCCUUCGGGGAGAUUUCAGAUUGCAGAGUCGUCAGAGAUCCCCAAACUUUAAAAUCCAAGGGAUAUGGAUUCGUUUCGUUCGUCAAAAAAGCGGAAGCAGAAAGUGCCAUCGGUAACAUGAAUGGCCAAUGGCUUGGUGGCAGAAGUAUUCGGACAAAUUGGGCCACUCGCAAACCUCCCGCACCUAAAUCCGAAGCGAACGCAAAGCCGCUGACCUUCGAUGAAGUUUACAAUCAAAGUAGUCCGACCAACUGCACGGUAUACUGCGGCGGAUUGACCAAUGGUUUAACAGAAGAACUCAUGCAAAAGACGUUCUCGCCUUUCGGAUCCAUCCAAGAAAUUCGAGUAUUUAAGGAUAAAGGCUAUGCAUUCAUCAGGUUUUCUACCAAGGAAUCGGCCACGCACGCCAUCGUAGCGGUACACAAUACAGAUAUCAACGGCCAAACAGUGAAGUGCAGUUGGGGCAAGGAAAGUGGAGAUCCUAAUAAUGCUCAACAAACUGGACAGGCGUUAUCGUCGGCGACGUACCCAUACUACGCGGCGGCGGCAGCUGCCGCCGCGGCGGCGGCGGGCGUCGCGGGUGUCGGAGGCGUCGGUGGCGUUGGCAAUGCUGGACAACUGGGAUACUGGUAUCCACCCCAAUCUUAUCCUACGACAGCGACACAAAUGCAAGCCGGUGGCUUCCUUCAGGGCAUGCAAGGAUACACCUACGGCCAGUUCGCCGGAUAUCAACAGGCGCAAUAUAUGGGAAUGGGCAUGGGUGCUGUCCACGCUGCUGGCACAGCAGCAGGAUGGGGUCAGGGAUUACCUGGGGGACCACAGUUACCACCACACCACGCCACGACGGUCACGGCACCCCCAGGGGUGCAAGCCGCACCCCCGCCACCACCGCCUCCGGCACAAAUGAUGGCCUACCCGAUGCAACAGUUCCAGGCACAGUGAUCGCUACCACUAUCAUCGCACGGCCUGGCUUAUCCUUUCUUUCGAAUAUCAAUUAGCAUCAGGAUAACUGCAUCUACAACCUGGCUCAACCUCGUAUUCAACCUGAAAAUACUUGCUGCAGCAUAUUUUUAUGCAAAAGGAUAAUAUUUUCUACCACACGAAAAGGAUUGGAAGAAAUGAUGUAAGAGAUGAAAGCGAAAUAAGGAAGGAUAUUCAUCUAUUUUAUCGGCGUAAUAAUCCGUGAUAUUUUAUCGCAGAUCUUGUAGUAACAUAAACUCGAUUUAUCUGAUAAAGAAAAAUUUACUUUAGUGAUUAUAUCAGAAAAACUCCUAAUUUUUCUUAAACAGCCUAAUUUUGCGUUCACUUCGCCGUCGUUAAUGCGUUCUAAAUAAUACAAACAGAAUGGUAUACUAUAACUAUUUACAUUACUAUCCAGAUUUUUUACAUUCUUACUACUGCACCACGUGGUGGAGGUUGAGUCAUGGUGAAGGUAGAUUCAGAUCGAUUAGAAUUUAGUAGUAGAAGAAUGUGAGAAACUGUAACACAUGAAAGCAAAAGUGAAGAAUGAUGGAGAAGCGAAAGAUUGAAUGAAUGGGAGAGAGAAAGGGAGCAAACGAUAGAGAGCACACAGACGAGCGCGAAGACGAGUGAAAGAGAGGGAGAGAGAGAACUAUAUUGUCGAGCAUAUUUCUAUUACUUUCUUGAAAUUCGGACCAAGACUUAACCAGCGUUUGUGUGUUCAAAUGGUAAAGUGUGUUCUUGGUUGCGGUCCAGCUAGCGGAUGAGGACUGGCUGACGCCUAGCCUUCUAGUGUGAUGGUAAGCAAGUAUACUCCACCAACAGGAACAACUUCUACAGCAACAACAGUUACCACCACCAUCACCACCAUCACUUCCUCCUCCACUACUACUACCACCACGAUCACCAACAACAACAACAUUUCCGUCAUCAUCGACGCGACCGCGACAGCAAAAGUAGUAAAGCUCAUGCCACUUCUGGCUUGACAAUUCGCGAGUCGAAAGGCGGCAAUCACGAAAACCAGAUAACACUCGCUUAGUAAAAACAAAGAAGUAAAGUGAGAAAUAAAAAAAAAAGAUAGUAAAUAAGAAUCAUAAUCCUAGGUAACCUUGCGCAAGAUGCAUCCGACAUCCCUAUCUCCCCAUAAGUUUUCACGUCCAAUAUAAGAGAAAAAGCCGCUACCGAUUAUUAAGCGGAGAUACCUCUCGUCCAGUCUGUAGGAUAAUAUAGUAUCUCGCUCGGCUUGAAGAAAUAGAUAGCAUUUGUCGUUACAGUAGUGACUGAAGCUUCAAUACAGAACACGAAAUCCGGCAGUACACGUGAAUAGGCCAUUCGUGAUGGUUUGACAAUGUUUUUUUAGCAAAAAAUUGGCCAAUUACGCAUACUAUUGUAUCAUUCAGCGAGGGAUAUUCACGUUUAACGGGAUCAUGAUACCCGGUUUAUGACCACUUUAACAAUGCGUAUAAAUUCCUUGAUCCUAUGGAAAAAAAAUAGAAGAGCGACGAUAGACCCUCGGAUUCUAACUCGUUACCCGGAUUCGUUAUUUUUGUAGUUUGGGCUUAACAGCGAAAAAUACUAACUCAAAAACGAAGUAAUGUCGAAGGGAUGCUCGUAACCGAUUGCGGCAGCCACGAUGUAUAAAUGGUAAAUACAAAGAUCGAUUAAUCGAAAGAAAGGAACACUCGUGAAGAUAUAAAUAUAUAAAUAUACAUAUAUAUAUAAAUGAAAAAAAAAUAUAUAUAUAUACAUAAAAGAAUAAAAAUUAUUAUAAACGAAAUUCAACAAUUAGCUAGUUAGAUAGGUAUAUUAUAUUAAAAGUUACUCGAAACCGAUUCGAAAUUCGGCGACAACGGGAAGAUGGAUCUUAUGUAUAUUCGAUAGCACAGCGUUUCUAUGGGGGAUAAAAUAAUCAACCCCUUUGUAAAAUUCUUAUCCCGUCUCGAAAACCACGGAACUACUAUCGGAUCCACGUGUCUUAUUCCAUUUUCCACAUUGCGAAGACUUCGUACCUCGGUUAAUACACUUACUUAUCAAAUUCGUGGCCGAACGAUAAUUCACGCGUGAAAUCUUCGCAAGCAGUUAAACAUUCGCUUUUAUCAUUCGAGUCUGUCUUUCGGACACGCAUUUAGGCUAGUUGGAUACUUUUAUAAAACAAUCAGUACCGUGGUACGACGUGGGAGAUGCCGACAAAUUUAGCACAUUCCGAACUGAGAAAGUGAUGGAACGCGCGAAACACCGAUCAGGAUCGCCGUGGUUUUUAAGUAAAUGUUAGAUUUUUAUAUAAGAUGUGACUAUGUAGAACCAAAGCAAAUCGAGACUCUAUAUGACGUUUAAGCAAUAAAACGUUAAGCUUAGGAAGAAAGAAGGCAUCCAUUGAUCCGUCUCUUUGUAAAUCAAUCUCGACUGCGUAAACGAGAAACACACGAAUUCUCAACAACGAAAAAAAAUAAUAAUAAACAAACAAAAUAGUUAGAAGAGACGGUGCGUGCAUGCGUAUAUUUUAAUUGUUCCAGAAGCAGUAAAACGAUCACAAUCUCCCCGAUGUCCCGAAUUUUGACUUGGCGAAAUUGAUACAAAAAGGCGAAACCGAGACUCAUAUAAGUCGUUAACGUGUAAGCAAUUGCAUGAGUGCAAUCGUACAUAUGAAGGAAUAUUAGAAGGAGAAGAAAAGAAAGUAUGAAAGUGAAAAAGAGAAAGAAUGAGAGGGAGAGAAAGGACGAGUGACGAAUAAACUGCACAGCACAAGCGAAAGACGUGAAAAAAAGAGAUUAAAUAAUUCGUAGAUAGAUACAUUGCACAAACAGCACGAAAGUUAGAUUAGACAAAUUAAGUUUUUUUUUGUCCAUGCGUGCCCUGUCCGCGCGGCUAUGUCUCUGAUCAUAUGUAACCUCAUCAUCGACGCACUCUUCUACCGUUCAAAAUCAUCCGUUUACUGAAAACGGAUCGUCCAGAAGAGCUGCGGAUCAAAAAAUGAGCAACGGCUGAAACUUAUUGCUCCGUCUUUUUUAUCUCUGUGCUCGAUAGUUUAUAUCUUCAUCGUCUUGCUUUUUGCUCCUACCACCUCCUUUCACUCCUUUGGUUUUAAGUAUCGCAACUCAUGCUCAUCGCACCGAUAAUACUGUCGUCUCUGCUUUUUCUGAGACGGCGUUCAUAUCGGAGCAAUAGGUAGAGAACCGAGUCAAAUCUAUAGGAAAACUAAUGAACACUAAAGCUUCAAGUCCUUAAUCAUCAAAAAUUUUUCAA